ACACGCUGUGUAUAAUGAGAGCAGCUGUUGACCUCUUUUCUGAGCAUUUCUUGACCUGUGAUCGUGAAGUCUAACAUGGACCACACACUGCAGGCAUUCCCAUAACUGCUUCUCAUACGAGCUGAGUGGAUGUGGCCUCUUAAUCUGGAGCCCGGCCCUCUGACAUCACAGCUGAGGGACCAACCACGGAGCACGACUCACACCAUCUGCUGCUGAACCCUGAGCUGCGACGGCGCUGACAGAGUGUGAAGCAGUGUCGACGCCUCAUCGCUGCAGCAGACAGGUGCCGUGAGCAGGUGAGCACAGACCCACAAGCUACCUCUACCUACACAAAGCAGCCACGGAGGAUUUGCCCUAGGCGCCAUGCCGACCGUCAAGAGCAAGAAGAAGAAGCCGAAGAAGGAGGUCAACAAUGGAGAGGAGCAGGGCGGAGGGGUGUUGGAGGUGGAGUUGGAGCACGUCAGUAGGAGCCGCUCUAACAGCAGAGACCCCUUAACCCCAGAACCUCAGGAAGCAGCACCACAGAAGAAGAGGAAGAAGAAAAAGGCGUCGGCCGUCGACCAUGAAGCCGAGCAGGACGACCUGCCCAACGGUAACCUGGCGGAAACAGCAGACGAUGGCGAUGAGACACCUGUUGCUGUUACGAGAAGGACCAAAAGGAAAAGGAAAGCAAAGGUGAUGGAGCAGUGCAGCAAUGACUUGGGAGCUGAAGAUGACGACAUCAUCACAGACACCCAGUCGCCAAUCCCCCAGCAUUCCCUGUUCUCCGCACCCCACGGACACAGCCAGACGGCCGGGAAAGUCUUUGUGGAGCGGAACAGGCGUUUCCAGGCAGAGCUCCUCCGGCCCUCAGAGCUGAUGGACGACUACGUGGACCCCAGGCAGCUCUGGACCACCAGAGACGUAGCUAUGAGGGUCCACAGCAGCUUCAGGUCUACACGCGUCUCACUUGGCCUCGCUAUGCUGGCGCUUCGUGCUGGAGCCGCUCUUCAUCUGUGUGUCCUCUGCAGGGUGAUGGGCCUGUUCUGCCACGGGUUCCUGGCUGGAUACGCCGUGUGGAACACCAUCGUCGUGUACGUGCUGGCGGGGGAACAGAUGACCACGCUGGCCAACCUGCUGCAGCAGUACCACCCACUGGCCUACCCGGCCCAGUCCCUGCUCUACCUGCUGCUGGCCGUCAGCACCGUGUCUGCAUUUGACAGAGUGAAUCUAGCCAAAGCCUCCAUGGCGCUGAGAGGCUUCCUCACGCUGGACCCCGCGGCUCUUGCCUCCUUUUUGUAUUUCACAGCCUUGAUUCUGUCUCUGAGUCAGCAAAUGACGAGCGAUCGCAUCAACCUCUACCCUACAGCCAACAGCACCCUGUGGCCUCCAGGCUCAGAGCAGCAGAUCCUGCAACCGUGGAUUGUGGUGAACCUGGUGGUGGCGCUGUUGGUCGGUCUGGCCUGGGCCAUUGUAUCAACAAGGCCGGACAUUGACUACACAGAAGAGUUUUUGAUGACGAUGGAAGUAGAAGGAUACCCGAGAGGAGACGAGAGCCUAGAAAUGCCAGCAUAAAAUCUUCAGCCUGUCUGCUUGUCUUCAUGUGUCUGUUGAUUUAUGGGUUUUUCUUUUAAUAUGUAGCAUUUAAUGUUAUUUUUACUAUUAUUCUUCACAUUAUUCUGAGUCGUGUUUUAUAAAUAAACCUGUAUGUUCUGUAGCAGGUUUGGGGUUUUAUUACAGUGAUCAGCCACCAGGGGCCGCUGCUGCUCUAACAAACCAGCAGCUUCUGACGUUAAACAGUAGUUACUCAUCAUCAUGUCCUGUAAAACCCUGGUACUGGUACCUAAUGAUUGUAUUAGUGUGAUAAGCCUGUGGGCUCGGGUAAAACUAGUAAGAAUCAGAACUCGUGGUCCAGCUUUAGGAUAUAAUAAACAUUAAAGUUAACAGGUCAGCCGAAACCUUCCGUCAUGACUCACAAGGAGCCGG